AUGCCGAUGGCGGUGGCAACGAGCGAAUUCAAGCACGUUUAUGGGUUCAUGGGUAGCCCAGAGUGGCUUGAAGAGGACAUCGCUGGGAAUUUCUUGCGUGACAGCUUUGACUGGAAUCUUUUGACUAGAUGGGUUUUCCAAAGCGGGGUAUCGCGGUGCUGUAUUGAUACACGUAAAUACACUCCAUGUCCCUCGUUACCGAAUUUAUACCUAAAUGCCUUGAUCAGCACAGCCUUCUACACUGCUCUCCGCAGUGUGCUGUCAAAAAUGGAGCAUUUGAUCUCCAUAUAA